GGUGAAGAUGGUGGAGGACGGCGCGGAGGAGCUGGAGGACCUGGUGCACUUCUCCGUGUCCGAGUUGCCGAGUCGCGGCUACGGCGUCAUGGAGGAGAUCCGCCGGCAGGGCAAGCUGUGCGACGUGACGCUCAAGGGAGAAAAGAUAUCGGCAAAUGAGCAAUUGAUGGCAUGUUAAAGGCAAAAAGCACGUGCGAUGAACUCAGUGGCCAGAGGAACCGAAAGGGCCUGCUGGCGAGAAACGAAGAAGAGAGAGGAUUUGUGACGCGGAACCUGGAACAGCGCCAGAGCUGAAGAAACCAAUACUGAAAACAGGAAGAUCGGGGACCACAAAUUCAGCGCUCACCGAAUCGUCUUGGCAGCCUCCAUCCCAUACUUCCACGCGAUGUUCACCAAUGACAUGAUGGAGUGCAAGCAGGAUGAGAUUGUGAUGCAGGGAAUGGACCCCAGCGCCCUGGAGGCUCUCAUCAACUUUGCCUACAACGGCCACCUCGCCAUCGACCAGCAAAAUGUCCAGUCAUUGCUGAUGGGGGCGAGCUUCCUGCAGCUGCAGAGCAUCAAAGAUGCCUGCUGCACGUUCCUCCAAGAACGGCUUCACCCCAAAAACUGCCUGGGUGUGCGCCAGUUUGCGGAGGCGAUGAUGUGCGCUGUGCUGUACGACGCGGCCAACAGCUUCGUCCACCAGCACUUCGUGGAGGUGUCCGUGUCGGAGGAGUUCCUGGGCCUGCCCCUGGAGGACGUGCUGGAGCUGGUGUCUCGCGAUGAGCUGAACGUCACCUCUGAGGAGCAGGUCUGGGCGCAGGGCAGGCUGCCCGCGACGUGGGUGCUGCUCUUCCUAGUCUUCCCUUCUUUUUUUCACAAAGUCUUUGAAGCCGCGCUGGCCUGGGUCAGGUACGACCGCGAGCAGAGGGGGCCCUGCCUGCCCGAGCUGCUGUCCAACAUCCGGCUGCCCCUCUGCCGGCCCCAGUUCCUGUCGGACCGAGUGCAGCAGGAAGACCUGGUGCGAUGCUGCCACAAGUGCCGGGACCUGGUGGACGAAGCAAAGGACUAUCACCUCAUGCCAGAGCGCCGGCCCCACCUGCCAGCUUUCCGAACGCGGCCUCGCUGCUGCACGUCCAUCGCUGGGCUCAUCUACGCCGUGGGAGGCCUCAACUCAGCAGCAAAUUUUUAUGCAGGUGAUUCCCUGAACGUGGUGGAAGUGUUCGACCCGCUCGCCAAUCGCUGGGAGAAGUGCCAUCCCAUGACGACCGCCCGCAGCCGCGUCGGCGUGGCUGUGGUGAACGGGCUGCUCUACGCCAUCGGGGGCUACGACGGCCAGCUGCGGCUGAGCACCGUGGAGGUCUACAACCCAGAGACGGACACGUGGGCCCGGGCGGGGAGCAUGAACAGCAAGAGAAGCGCCAUGGGGACGGUCGUGCUGGACGGGCAGAUCUACGUCUGUGGGGGCUACGACGGCAACUCUUCCCUCAACUCUGUGGAGACCUACUCACCCGAGACGGACAAGUGGACAGUGGUGACCCCGAUGAGCUCCAGUCGCAGUGCUGCCGGGGUCACGGUCUUCGAGGGCAGGAUAUACGUGUCCGGCGGCCACGACGGUCUGCAGAUCUUCAACAGCGUGGAGCACUACAACCACCACACGGCCACCUGGCACCCAGCGGCGGGCAUGCUCAACAAGCGCUGCCGGCACGGGGCCGCCUCCCUGGGGAGCAGGAUGUUCGUCUGCGGCGGCUACGACGGCUCCGGCUUCCUCAGCAGCGCCGAGGUGUACAGCGCCGCGGCCGACCAGUGGUGCCUCCUGGUCCCCAUGCUCACCCGCCGCAGCCGCGUCUCCCUGGUGGCCAGCUGUGGGCGCCUCUACGCCGUCGGGGGCUACGACGGACAGUCGAACCUCAGCUCCGUGGAGAUGUACGACCCGGAGACGGACUGCUGGGCCUUCACGGCCCCCAUGGCAUGCCACGAGGGCGGGGUCGGGGUGGGCUGCAUUCCUGUCCUCGCUGUCUAAGGCGCAGGUGGGACGUGGUGGGGUCGGGGUCAGGUACCAGCGUGGGCACUUCCUUCCAGGGGCAGCCCGCCGGAGAGGGGGACCAGCAGGCGCAGGGGAGCCGAGGGGCGGUUCCCGGGUGCGCGGUCCUUCCUCCGAGCCCAGGGCACCAAGACGCGCAGCCUGGCAGGUGCCUCUGGGCCUCACAGCUGGUGCCAGCGGCUGCUUGUGGUCACACGCCCAGGCCCGUCCAAGCCCAGCUCCGAGCCAGCCUGGCCGGAGGCUCCAUCUGACACUCGCCUGCUGUUCUCCGGCCACGGAGCGGCCGGUCUGAGGGGCAGCCGCAGUGGCCACGCCGUGGAAGCGGGUAUGGCUGGGAGAGGACGGCACUCGGAGUUCUCGCUGCCUGUGGAGACGCCUCCUUCCGUCCGGGCAGAGGCCUUGUCCUCCUCCUGGGAGAGCAGGGCGCACAGAGCUCUCCUGUCUGCUGUUGGGGUCUCAGUGAGGUCUCUUUCAUCUUAUUCCGGAGAAACAUAAGGAAAAAAAGACACUUGAAAGGAGCUGAAGGAAAUUUAAAGAAACACUUGAAAGAAACUGGAAAGAAAAAUACCUUUUUUUUAAGUAAACAUUUUUUUGCGAGAAGAAAAUGUUAAAAAAAAAAAGAGACACUAAAAGGAAAUCAUGUGUUUAAACAGAAAACCACCCACCGUGUAGAGGGUGGUGACCGCUCCCACAUCCGGUCGCACGCGGGCUUCCCUCUGGCCCCGCGUGUCGAAUCCGCGCACGGAGGGCCCCGUAGCAAGGUGCUCCUCGGUUGUCUUCACACCCAUCGUCAGAGGCCUCUUCCUCGCAGGCUUAGUGAGUGGGCUGACCUUCCGCAGCUCCUGCAGGGGGAGCGCCUCGCUGGUGGCUGGAGGCCCCCGGUGCCCCUCUGGUCGCUCACGCCACCCUGGCUCACUCACUCCCCUCCCCGCCUUUCGUUCCCUUCCUUAUUCGACCAGCAGGAAGCAGUCCGUCUGGCCAGACUCUCGCUGGCCCGUCUGUCGUUCUUACUAGAGGCUCCUGGUGAAGCUUGUGGGGCUCUGCCUGCCUCCGGAGCCAGCCGAGGACUCGGUCUGGUGGCCUUGCCCCCCCUGCCCGUCC